UCCUCGCACCAGCGGGGUGGGCUGCGCGUCAUGUGACAAGGGGUGGGUUUCAGUUAGGUCCUGUAAGCAAAAGUAAAAAUCCUCCCUUGGAGCGCUUGACGGUAUAGAUUCUCAUUUGUGGCCUACUAGAAAUAUCUUCAACAUGUCUGGAAGAGGCAAAGGAGGUAAAGGGCUCGGGAAAGGAGGCGCCAAGCGUCACCGUAAAGUGCUGCGGGAUAACAUCCAGGGUAUCACCAAACCCGCCAUCCGUCGUCUCGCUCGCCGCGGCGGAGUCAAGCGUAUCUCCGGUCUGAUCUACGAGGAGACCCGCGGUGUGCUAAAGGUGUUCCUGGAGAACGUGAUCCGCGAUGCCGUGACCUACACCGAGCACGCCAAGAGAAAGACCGUCACCGCCAUGGACGUCGUGUACGCGCUGAAACGACAGGGACGCACUCUGUACGGUUUCGGAGGAUAAACACAUCUGUGCUGUCGUGAAAACCCAACGGCUCUUUUAAGAGCCACCCAUACAGUCACAUAAAAGAGUUGAUGUUUAAGUAAUGUUCCCGUUUUAUGCCUUCGUUGAAAAUGUAACUAGACUUGAGCAGAUUAAUCCUUCACUCAAGUGAAAUUAGUUUGUGCCCAAAAAACGACCCUUUUCCGUAUUUCAGAGCCGAGAAUCGAUUCUCCUAAUUGAAGCUCGUAUUUGUUUUCUUCAAUGGCGCACAGAAUUAAAGCGUUUUUGUUCUACAUUCAGUUUUCACUUGCUUGUUGAGCGUCUUCAUUCAACAGUUUUUUUUUUUAUUAUUAUCUGUUUGUUGUUGCUGUCUUUCAUUAAAAUUAGGUGGCAACUGUAUUUGAGUUAGAGAAGUGGAACUGACAGAACAGCAGCUGGAAAAAUAAAGCGUGUAAUCGUCGUCGCUCCCAUUUCUCCAGGUUCUCUUAAUGAUUCUAAUAUCUUAAUGUGGAAUUUAAAAAUACCCUGUAUGAUAU